AUGACCUGCAAGGAGUUCAAGGCCAAGACCGCGGUCGAACGGAAAACAUUCGUGGAGACCAACCGACUGUGCUUCAACUGCCUGGGCAAUCACUUCUUGUCACGGUGUCAAUCGAAGAAGAAUUGCCUCACUUGCAACGCACGACACCACACCAUGCUGCACGGGGCAUCCACGUCACCACCGUCCGCUGAGGCCACUUCACUUGCCACCACACUGGCCACCUCACGGCAGUGUGAGAGUCACAAGGCCGUCCUUCUUGCAACUGCCCGCGUCAAGGUCGCGGACCGCUACGGACCACACGAGGUUCGAGUCUUGAUCGACCAGUGCUCCGAGGUGUCCAUCAUCUCUGAAGCGCUGGCUCAACGUCUUCGUCUUCCUCGAGCUUCGACGAAUCUGUCCAUCUUUGGCAUCGGAGGGACUCGCUCUGGAUCGGCUCGUGGCAAAGUCACCCUGGACAUCACAUCCGACGUGACCAACGCCGAGCUUCGCGUGGUCGCCUUUGUGUUGCCUCGCAUCUCACUACAACAAGGCACCGCUCAACGCGAGAAUUGCAGCUGGCCUCACAUCCAGGGACUCCGGUUGGCCGACCCGCGGUACCUGGAUGACGACCCUGCGGAGCUACUUCUUGGUGCAGAGGUCUACUCGUUGAUCCUUGAGGAAGGCCUUCGCAAGGGCGACUCACGCAUGCCGAUCGCCCAGCAGACCAGCUUGGGAUGGAUCCUGUCCGGAGGCUACGACUCAGCAGUCACCGACGGACAUCGCCGCACGUUUCAGUGCACCGCCGACAACGACCUCGCUGACCUGGUGCAACGAUUCUGGGAGCAGGAACGCGAGCCAGCAGCUGGGAUCGUGCUCACCGCCGACGAAGCCAGAUGCGAGGACAUCUAUGUGCGCACAGUCACACGCACGUCCAGUGGAAGAUACGUGGUGAGGCUGCCAUUUGCCUCACCGCCGACAUCACUCAGCGAAACUCGUCGACCUGCAGAGCGCCUCCUGGAAGCAAUGGAGCGGAAGGGAGCCCGUGAUGCUCGGUUCGGUGAUCUCUAUCGAGACUUCAUGGACGAAUACGAAGACCUGCAACACAUGGAGAAAGAUUGUCGCCUGCAAACCAUCCUGUGGCGCCACAACAACUCAGACAACAUCCGCGAGUACGAGUUGAAGACCGUGACCUACGGACUGGCGUGCGCACCCUUCCUCGCCAUCAGGACGCUUCACCAACUUGCUGCAGACGAAGAGGCACGAUAUCCACGCGGAGUCAGGGCGCUGCGACAAGACUGUUACGUCGACGACGUGGUCACCGGUGCUGACAGCCUGGCGGAUGCCAUCAAACUCCAACAGGAACUACAGAGUCUCUGCAUGGUGCUCACCGGAAUUCCGCCGGAACAUCGGCUUCAACGCGGACCGCGCUCGUGGGAAGGAGAGAGCCACGCUACCCUGGGUCUUCGAUGGCAUCCUCAAGGGGAUUGGUUCUCCUUCACCAUACGUCCGCGUUCAACCACCGACCUCACGAAGAGACGAGUCUUGGCUGAGACAGCUCGACUAUUCGAUCCGAUGGACUGGCUAGCGCCUGUCGUCAUCCGAGCCAAAAUUCUGAUCCAGUCUACGUGGCUUCAACGGCUGGAUUGGGACUCUCCGCUGCCUGAUCAGGACGCACACCGCUGGAGACAACUGUUGAAUCAACUUCCGUUGCUGGAUCACAUCCGUGUGGAUCGUUGGCUCAGCACCGGAGAUGACCAGUCGCAAUUGCAGCUCCAUGGGUUUGCCGAUGCAUCGGAGCGAGGAUACGCCGCCGUCGUGUACAUCCGCAACGCUGCAACAGAGAAGACAUCAAUUAAUCUGCUGAUGGCAAAAUCGAAGGUCGCACCAGUCAAGCAGGUGUCGUUACCUCGAUUGGAACUUUGUGCCACUGCAUUACUCACCACGCUCAUGCUGCAUGUACGCACUACCCUCGGCUUGGCUGCUACGCCGGUGCACCUGUGGUCUGAUUCUAAGGUCACCCUUCACUGGAUUCGCGGACACUGCACCCGCUGGAAGACUUUUGUUGCCAACCGAGUGUCGCAGAUCCAGACCCUGCUUCCAGACGCUCAUUGGAGACACGUCGCUGGACGAGAAAACCCUGCAGAUUGUGCAUCGCGUGGUGUUACACCUGAGGACUUACGCAAUCAUAAACUGUGGUGGACAGGACCUACCUGGCUGUCAGGAGACGAGGCUGCCUGGCCUGGUGCAAACAUCGACGUCCCAGAGGAUGACCUCCCUGAGCAACGAGUCACCAGCCUGGUAGUCAAGGCGCCAGUCACUACCGAACCGGACCUUCUUCUGCGGUUCCCGACGCUGCAACGGCUGCUGCGAGUCACUGCGUGGUGUCGUCGAUGGCUCAACCCGGUGAGACGUGACGCCAGACCUGGCCGUCCAUUGCAGCCUGACGAGCUGGACUCCGCGCUGUUUCGAUGGCUGCGAGUGGUGCAGGCGCUCCACUUUCCGACGGACGUAGCCGCGGCCUCUGCUGGACGCACUACUCCACCGCAAAGCCACCUGGUGAAGUUGAGUCCGUUCCUCGACGAUCAAGGCGUACUGCGCGUCGGAGGACGUCUCAAAAACUCUCAACUUCCGCUCGACGAGAAACAUCCGAUGAUCAUCCCGGCGGCAUCCUGGCUGACUCGGCUGGUGAUCGAUUCCUGCCAUCGACGGACACUGCACGGGGGUGUGCAGCCGACACUCGGCCUGCUCCGCCUGCGCUUCUGGGUACCUCGAGGAAGAACCGCCGUCAAGCAGCAGCUACAUCGAUGCGUUACCUGCACUCGAUGGCGUGCUGCCACGCCACAGCCUCAGAUGGGUAACCUUCCUCGGGACCGAGUAACGCCAACCCGACCGUUCCUCAGCACCGGCGUGGAUUACGCAGGACCCAUCCUCCUUCGGACCAGCAAGGGACGUGGACACCGCGCGCACAAAGGGUACAUCGCAGUCUUUGUCUGUUUCUGGUCGAAGGCCACUCACUUGGAAGUCGUCUCCGACUACACCUCCGAGGCUUUCAUCGCCGCUCUGCGCCGCUUCGUCUCCCGCAGGGGCCUCUGUGCUGAGAUCUACAGCGACUGCGCGACAGCCGAAGGUCAUCGUAUCGUCCUCGCCGCCACCGCUCAAGGAAUCCGCUGGCACUUCAACCCGCCAGCGGCCCCGCACUUUGGUGGUCUUUGGAAGGCUGCAGUGAAGUCGACCAAGUUCCACCUCCGUCGGGUGAUCGGCGAGACGACCCUCACGUUCGAGAAGCUGAGCACACUCCUCGCCCAGAUCGAAGCUUGUCUUAAUUCUCGUCCAUUGCAGGCACUCUCAGAUGACCCAGAGGACGUCUCGGCGUUGACUCCCGGUCACUUCCUCGUCGGGGCGCCGCUACUCGCUGUGCCGGAACCGUCAUUGACAGGGCAGACGGUAUCCACCUUGUCACGCUGGCGUCAUUUGCAGCAGAUGAGAGAUCACUUCUGGCAGCGAUGGUCGUCCGAAUAUUUGCACGGACUAGCCUCGCGCACCAAAUGGCUCAAGGACGAAGCUGCACCCCACGUCGGCGAUCUCUGUCUCGUGCGCUCCGAGCUCACCCCACCGAGCCGAUGGCCACUGGCUCGCAUAUCGCGACUGCACCCCGGGGACGAUGGGAUUGUACGCGUGGUGUCAAUCCGAACGGCCACGUCCGAGCUUGUGCGCCCACUCGUCAAGCUUGUUUUCCUUCCGGGCGUGAACGACGCACCUACACCGCACGCUGACACUUCGUAA